AAAAAAUGACGGCUGGUUUGGUUACGUGUUCGCGUGGUUUAUGAUAUUUACGAGCGAAAAGUAUUAGUUUACAGUGUUAAAUAGUUAUAGUAUAAAAUAAAAUACGAACAAUCUAUAAAGUUAGUCGACUAUCACUUAGGAUAAACUAUUCUCAUGUGUAAAAAGUUUUUGAAGUGACGGCAACGUAGAUUCUCCACCAUGGAUGACGCUCACGCGAAGACAUCCGAGGAAGUCCUCGGAUACUUUGGCACAGACCCCGACAAGGGUCUCAGCCCUGACCAGGUCAAGAGGAACCAGGACAAAUAUGGUCUAAAUGAACUCCCCACUGAAGAAGGCAAAACUAUAUGGCAACUAGUCUUGGAACAAUUCGACGACCUCUUAGUAAAGAUUUUGCUGCUAGCCGCUAUUAUUUCUUUCGUAUUAGCUUUAUUUGAAGACCACGAAGAUGCGUUCACAGCUUUCGUGGAACCUUUCGUAAUUUUACUUAUCCUUAUCGCUAACGCUAUUGUAGGAGUAUGGCAAGAAAGAAACGCCGAAUCCGCUAUCGAAGCUUUAAAAGAAUACGAGCCCGAAAUGGGUAAAGUGAUCAGAGCAGACAAAUCUGGUGUGCAGAAGAUCAAGGCCAAGGAGAUCGUUCCCGGAGACAUCGUUGAGGUGUCCGUCGGAGACAAGAUCCCCGCCGACAUCCGUCUCAUCAAGAUCUACUCCACCACCAUCCGUAUCGACCAGUCCAUCCUUACCGGAGAGUCUGUGUCCGUCAUCAAGCACACCGACGCCAUCCCCGACCCCCGCGCCGUCAACCAGGACAAGAAGAACAUCUUGUUCUCUGGUACCAACGUCGCCGCCGGUAAGGCUCGCGGUAUCGUCAUCGGAACUGGACUCAUGACCGCCAUCGGUAAGAUCCGUGUCGAGAUGUCCGAGACUGAGGAGAUCAAGACCCCCCUGCAGCAGAAACUCGACGAGUUCGGCGAACAGCUGUCCAAGGUCAUCUCCGUCAUCUGCGUGGCCGUCUGGGCCAUCAACAUCGGCCACUUCAACGACCCCGCCCACGGAGGCUCCUGGAUCAAGGGCGCCGUCUACUACUUCAAGAUCGCCGUCGCGCUCGCCGUGGCCGCCAUCCCCGAGGGUCUGCCCGCCGUCAUCACCACCUGUCUCGCCCUAGGAACCCGUCGUAUGGCCAAGAAGAACGCCAUCGUGCGCUCCCUGCCCUCCGUGGAGACCCUGGGUUGCACCUCCGUCAUCUGCUCCGACAAGACCGGCACGCUCACCACCAACCAGAUGUCCGUUUCCCGCAUGUUCAUCUUCGACAAGAUCGAGGGCGGCGACAGCAGCUUCACCGAGUUCGAGAUCACCGGCUCCACCUACGAGCCCAUCGGCGACGUCUACCUGAAGGGCUCCAAGGUCCGCGCCGGCGACUACGAGACGCUCCAGGAGAUGGGCACCAUCUGCAUCAUGUGCAACGACUCCGCCAUCGACUUCAACGAGUUCAAGCAGUGCUUCGAGAAGGUCGGAGAGGCCACCGAGACCGCGCUCAUCGUCCUGGCCGAGAAGAUGAACCCCUUCAACGUCGGCAAGACCGGCCUCGACCGCCGCUCGUCCGCCAUCGUCGUCCGCCAGGAGAUCGAGACCAAGUGGAGGAAGGAGUUCACCCUCGAGUUCUCGCGUGACAGGAAGUCCAUGUCCUCCUACUGUGUGCCCCUCAAGCCCUCCAAGCUCGGAGACGGUCCCAAGCUGUUCGUCAAGGGCGCGCCCGAGGGUGUGCUCGAGCGUUGUACCCACGCCCGCGUCGGAUCCAGCAAGGUGCCUCUGAACGCUACCCUCAAGAACCGCAUCCUCGAGCUGACCCGCCAAUACGGUACCGGCCGCGACACUCUGCGUUGCCUGGCCCUCGCCACCGGAGAGAACCCCAUGAAGCCCGAGAACAUGGACCUGGGAGACUCCACCAAGUUCCACACGUACGAGGUGAACCUGACGUUCGUCGGAGUGGUGGGCAUGCUGGACCCCCCGCGCAAGGAGGUGUUCGACGCCAUCGUGCGCUGCCGUGCCGCGGGUAUCCGCGUCAUCGUCAUCACUGGAGACAACAAGGCCACCGCUGAGGCUAUCUGCAGACGUAUCGGAGUGUUCACCGAAGACGAGGACACGACCGGCAAGUCCUAUUCCGGCCGUGAGUUCGACGACCUGCCCGUGUCGGAACAACGCGCCGCCUGCGCCCGCGGCCGCCUGUUCUCCCGCGUGGAGCCCGCGCACAAGUCCAAGAUUGUCGAGUACUUGCAGAGCAUGAACGAGAUCUCCGCUAUGACUGGUGACGGUGUGAACGACGCGCCGGCGCUGAAGAAGGCCGAGAUCGGUAUCGCCAUGGGCUCCGGAACCGCCGUGGCCAAGUCCGCCGCCGAGAUGGUGCUCGCCGACGACAACUUCUCAUCCAUCGUGUCUGCUGUUGAGGAAGGCCGUGCCAUCUACAACAACAUGAAGCAGUUCAUCCGCUACCUGAUCUCUUCCAACGUCGGUGAAGUGGUCUCCAUCUUCCUCACCGCCGCCCUGGGUCUGCCUGAAGCCCUGAUCCCCGUGCAGCUGUUGUGGGUGAACCUGGUCACUGACGGUCUGCCCGCCACCGCCCUCGGAUUCAACCCCCCUGACCUGGACAUCAUGACCAAGCCGCCCCGCCGCGCCGAUGAGGGUCUCAUCUCUGGAUGGCUGUUCUUCAGAUACAUGGCUAUCGGAGGCUACGUCGGCGCCGCGACUGUGGGAGCCGCGUCCUGGUGGUUCAUGUACUCCCCCUACGGCCCGCAGCUGUCGUACUGGCAGCUCACCCACCACCUGCAGUGCCUGGGAGGCGGCGAUGAGUUCAAGGGUGUCGACUGCAAGAUCUUCACCGACCCCCACCCCAUGACCAUGGCCCUGUCCGUGCUGGUGACCAUCGAGAUGCUGAACGCCAUGAACUCGCUGUCGGAGAACCAGUCGCUGAUCACCAUGCCGCCGUGGUGCAACAUGUGGCUCGUCGGCUCCAUGGCCCUGUCGUUCACGCUGCACUUUGUCAUCCUGUAUGUCGAGGUUCUCUCGGCCGUGUUCCAGGUGACCCCGCUGUCGAGCGACGAGUGGGUCACGGUCAUGAAGUUCUCCAUCCCGGUGGUGCUGCUGGACGAGGUCCUCAAGUUCGUCGCGCGCAAGAUCUCCGACGGUAGGAGCGGCCUCGGCCACUGGCUCGACGGCAUGCAAUGGAUUGUGCUCAUGUGGGCCGUCUUCUUUGGAACCAUCCUAUACGGACCCCUAUAGACUGGCCCCGCAACCGCGCCCCGUUUGAUUCACACCCUAAUACCCUCAAGCGUGAUGUGUCUCCCGACACGCGCGCUUAAUCUGUGGAACCGAUAGACUAUGAGCUGCGCUCACCACAGACUAACGGUUUGGAAUGCUUGCCCCGAGUGUGUGAAGUGACGGCUAGUGACUGUGAUGAACAAACGGCGGCUCAAAGCUCAACGGCCGACCGCCGUACGCAACUUGCAUUUAAAUUGUGCGAGACAAUAAUUCCGAAUCUUUUAGUUACAGUAGCAAUCACUCGGUGCGACAGCGUUUUUGCUAAUUACUUUUUUUAUUAUUAUUAUAUCAACUGUUUAUGAUGGAAGCGGCUGUGAACAUCUCGGUUUAAAUUUAAAAUUAGAACACCAAAUUCGCAUUUGAUACGGUUUUGAAAGCUAACAGUCUUUAAGGUCUAGUUUCGAUUCAUUUCUUUUAUUAAUCUUAAUAACAAGAUUUCAAUUAAUUUUAUAACGAACUCGCACAUAGCUCAGUACCUUGUCCUGACUUGGACUCUUAUUAUAUAUAUUUACUAUUAUUUACAUACCUAUUCAUAACAAUGAUAGGUACAUAAUAUAAGUAAAGUGCAAAGUGUUAGCUAACUAAUUUAUUAUAAGUAAUAUCGUUUGUGUUAGGGUCGUGGUAAUAGUUACUUGUCUUUAUUAUCAUAGAAAGAAUCGUUCUCGUCUGUCACUGUGCCGCUUUGUUUAACAUUCCUUAUUUUACGCCUAUAUUUUUCUGAAGUGUUCUAAUGUAUGCUGUAUGUUUAUCUUUCCGACUAACCAACUAAUUCACUAUGUGUAUUCCGAAUUUUUGUAACCACGCAGUUUGGUUUUCUUUUUUUACAGUAAUUUGUGAUAACUUUUACAAGAUCUGAUGAAUUUAUUGUUUUCCCAGCAUUUCAGUGCUUCUGUUAUAUUUUAUCCUUCACGGGGUUUGUAUGAGUUAUUGCAAGUUCACAAAAAUGACUAGAUAAUAAAGUCUGAUGCAAUACAUAUAGUCAAAGUAUGUAUGUACGAACGUUCUUGGUAAUUUCGGAUUGGUACUUUAAGUUACACUAUUGAUAUAAAUUUUAGUUUAAUCUCGUAAUUGAUUUGGUUUAUGCAGGUCAAUGACUCUAACGAAAUGUAAUUUUAGUAACUUUUUUUUAUAAAAUUAUUUUCGAAAUUGUCCAUUUAGUAUAAUCGGUAUUUGAUGUUACGGUUAAGUCCGUACGUACAUAAGUAUAUAAUAUAUUCCUAGAUGAAGUGCAUGUGUUCCUGCAUGCUGAAUUACAUUUAAAGAGUGUAGUUUGGUGUGGUUUUUUGACAGUUUUCAAUAUUUUAUAGAUACUGAUAAAUGUUACAAUAUUUCUAGUGUCCCAUUCUAUACAUGUUUAGAUAAUAUUACGAAACAGAGAACCGGGUGUCUACACAUUAUACAACACAGCACAAGUUUGGGCAUGUUUAAACAUACUAUUCAUAUACCCCUGUGUCCUGAAUAUAUUGCGGAUACGCUGGGUAUUAAGUAAUUUAUUUGAAUGUACAGUGUUUAUACAUAUUUUACAUUAAUUAAAAAUUGUCCAGAAUAA